CCAUGCACGGCCUGGGUACAUUGCUUCUUUUCCACAUCGUGGCAUCUCUUGGACAAAAUGUCCAUGGGAGUGACAUUGUAAAUGGGGAAAUCGCACCUGACAACUCAAUGCAGUACAUGGUCUCAGUGCAGCAAUGGGGUCAUCAUGUGUGUGGAGGAUUUCUGGUGAGCGAGGACUUUGUGAUCACUGCUGCACACUGUGCUAAAGAUGAACCUGUGCGUGUUGUUCUGGGAACCCACAAGCUAUCAAAGAUGAACAUGAGCCCAUGCAGAAAUAUUGAAUAUUUCUGCAAAUAUCCAACUUAUAAAAAUGUUGAAUUUGGUGAUGACAUCAUGCUCCUUAAAUUGUCCGGGAAAGCUCCACUAAAUAACAAGGUGAAAACAAUUUCACUUCCAACGUCUUCCAACGCAAACCUUAAAGACGGUCAGAUCUGCUCUGUAGCUGGAUGGGGUCUAACUGGGACCAGCCUUUCUACUGUGGAUAACCUGAGAGUGGUGAAUGUGUCGAUCUUAAAUCCACAACUCUGUCGGGAGAAAUGGUGGAAUGGAUUUCCUUCCAAUGUGAUCUGUGCUGGUGGAUACAACACAGACAAAGGAUUUUGUCAGGGUGAUUCCGGUGGUCCACUGGUGUGCGACGGGGUAGCUGUUGGUGUUGUGUCAUUCAACAGAAAUUCCACCUGCACCUACCCAGAUGUACCCAACGUCUACACAGACAUAUCCAAAUAUCUUGAAUGGAUCAACAACAUUGUGAAAACGAAGAAAUGUGUGUAGCAAACUUGUUAUAGAAGGUCUUCCU